CUGGCCUCUGUUGGAAGACAGGAUACUGGGCUGGAUGGACCUUUGGUCUGACCUGCUAUGGCCGUUCUUAUAUUCUAAUUGAGGGGCAUGGCUAUUACGCCUUAACAAAGUUCUGUUAAUUGGGAGGUUAAGGGACAAUGAAAGACAAAUAACACAACAGAGUUUUAAGCAGUCAAGGCCCUCAAAAAAAAACAAAAAAACCCUCCCCUUUUAAUAGUUCAAUUUGUGCUCUGAUGUUUGCCAUCUUACUAUUUCUAUACACAUUGAAUUGUCUUCCAGCCAAGACAGGAUUUAAAUGUUCAGCAUAAAAGAACAAGCAGAUUUUUGUUGUUGUAAAAAAAAAUUCAGAUUAUUAUUGUUUAUACUGUGGUAGUAUGUAGGACCCCAGGCAUGGACUGUACAGACAGUCUUGCCCCCAAAGAGUUUACAGUCUUUGUCCAUUGGAAAGAAGCAAAAAGGGCAGAAGCCCAACUUUUUUCUUCUGAAGGCCUCUUUAAGAGAGGAAGAAUGGAUUUGUGGUUAAGGCAUAAAACUGUGAUUAAGGAGACCUGGACCUUCAGGCAAGCCAUUUAAUCUCUCUGGCCAGAUUCUCAGAAGUUUUUAGGCUCCUAACUUCCAUUUAUUUCAGUGAAAGUUAGAAUCCAAAUACCUUUGAGGAUCUGUUUUUUAUGGAAUUGUUGUAGCCACGUUGAUCCCAGGAUAUGAGAGAGACAAGGUGGGUGCUGUAGUAAUUUUUAUUGAACCACCUGCUUCUCUUGGUGAAAGAGACAAGCUUUUAAGCAACAUGGAGUUGUUCUUCAGGGCUUUGAGCAUCUGGGCCCCUGUACCUACAUUGUCCCAUCUGUAAAAUAGGGAUAACACUAUAGAGGUGCUGUGAAGUUAGGUGCAAGAGGUGUGUGAAAGUUACCUACCUACUCUGCUUCAAAUCCACGUGUGUUAUAAAUCUUUCCUUUUCAGUUUUAAGGAUUGAAGAAAUAGUCAAACAGUGAGCAGCAGUCAACCUCUCAGGGCAGUCUCCAUACCCUUUGUUGUUAUGGCAGGGGGAAGGCGGGGCCCUAACCGGACAUCCUACUGCCGAAAUCCUCUUUGUGAAACGGGGGCUACUGGGGGUUCUGGACAUUCCAUGAGUUCAUCGGUCACUGGUGUGCGCUCACGUACCAGGAGCGGUUCAGGUACGGGCCUCUCCAGCCCUCCUCUGGCAACCCAGACAGUGGUUCCGCUCCAGCACUGUAAGAUCCCAGAGCUGCCUGUGGAGAGGAGUGUCUUGUUUGAACUUCAGCUCUUCUUCUGUCAUCUCAUUGCUCUCUUUGUCCACUACAUCAAUAUCUACAAAACUGUGUGGUGGUACCCGCCCUCCCACCCUCCAUCACACACAUCACUGAACUUUCAUCUCAUUGACUUCAACGUGCUGACGGUGACGACAGUCGUCUUAGCGCGCAGGCUGAUCGGUGCCAUUGUGAAGGAGGCUUCACAAAGUGGCAAAGUCUCCCUGCCCCGCUCCAUUUUCCUUGUGAUUACUCGGUUUGCGGUCCUCACUGGGACAGGCUGGAGCCUGUGCCGGUCAAUAAUUCACCUCUUCAGAACCUACUCGUUCCUCAAUCUCUUGUUCCUGUGUUACCCGUUCGGCAUGUACAUUCCUUUUCUCCAGCUGAACUGUGACUUCCGGAAGACAGCCCUCUUCUCCCAAGUGGCUAACAUUGGCCCCCGAGAAACCGGGGAAGUGAACUCCAGGGGUAAAGACUAUCUAACAGUUUUAAAGGAGACCUGGAAGCAGCACACCAGGCAAAUGUAUGGCAUAGAGGCCAUGCCCACCCAUGCAUGCUGCCUCUCUCCAGACCUGAUCCGCAAUGAGGUGGAGUAUUUGAAGAUGGACUUUAACUGGAGGAUGAAAGAGGUGCUGGUGAGCUCCAUGCUCAGUGCCUAUUAUGUAGCCUUUGUGCCUGUCUGGUUUGUCAAGAACACUCAGUAUUAUGACAAACGGUGGUCAUGUGAGCUGUUCCUGCUGGUGUCCAUCAGUACGUCUGUGAUUCUGAUGCAGCAUCUCCUGCCUGCCUGCUACUGCGACCUCCUCCACAAAGCUGCUGCACACCUGGGCUGCUGGCAGAAGGUCGAUCCUGCCCUAUGCUCCAAUGUGCUACAGCAUCAGUGGACAGAAGAAUGCAUGUGGCCCCAGGGGGUGCUGGUGAAACACAGCAAGAAGGUGUACAAAGCCGUGGGCCAUUACAAUGUGGCUGUGCCAUCUGAUGUCUCACACUUCCGCUUUCAUUUCUUUUUCAGCAAACCGCUGAGGAUCUUGAACAUUUUAAUUCUGCUGGAAGGAGCUAUCAUCUUCUACCAGCUCUACUCACUCAUCUCGUCAGAGAAGUGGCACCAGACCAUCUCACUGGCUCUCAUCCUCUUCAGCAAUUAUUACGCCUUCUUCAAGCUGCUGCGUGACCGGCUGGUCCUGGGAAAAGCUUACGCAUACUCUGCCAGCAGAGACUCAGAGCAGAAGUUCCAUUAAAUUGCACUGCUGCUCAGCUUGUAUUACGGACAAAACCUUAAAAAAAAAACAAACACCCACACAAACAACCUCAGAGCUUUGUAUUUUUGUUACCACUGCUUUUUUUCUUUGAUAACUGAUGUAAUUAAAAGGAAAAAACAUAUUUUUGUACUCCCAA